CCCACGUCCUGCCGUCCGGGCUCCCUUAGGUCGUGGCUCUGCUAUAAAGCCUCCACCAGCAUGCUCGUGACACCUCCGGUGGCUUCGUUGGUGCUUGUUCCUAGACUGGGCAGCGUCUUUUCCCUCAAGCACCAUGCAGCUCCUUCUUGCCCUGCUGGUGCUGGCUUACGUGGCACCUUCUACUGAAGACUCAGCCUGGUGCUAUGAGAUUCAAACCAAGGAUCCCAACAGCCAUUGCUUGGGGCCUAAGGAGUGGCCUGGAGAUUGUAAGGGGGGCGAGCAGUCCCCCAUCAACAUCGUCAUUUCGAAGGCAAAGGUGAACCCCAGACUGACACCCAUCGUCUUCGUUGGCUAUGACCAAAAGAAGCAGUGGCUAAUUAGGAACAAUCAACACUCAGUGGAGAUGUCGCUGGGAGGAGGCAUUUCCAUUACUGGAGGAGACCUGCCCGCCCAGUACGAGGCCACACAGUUGCACCUGCACUGGUCAGAGGAGAAGAACAAGGGUUCAGAGCACAGCAUUGAUGGGAAACACUUUGCCAUGGAGAUGCACAUCGUGCACAAGAAGGUGACAUCAUCAUCAUCUAGCAACAAGGAGCAGGACUCGAGAGACAAGAUUGCAGUGCUAGCAUUCAUGGUUGAGAUAGGAGAGAAGAAGAAUGAGGGCUUCCAGCCCUUGGUGGAAACCCUAUCCAGUAUCUCCAAACCCAAUGCAACCACUACUGUGAGGGAGAGCAGCCUGCAGGACUUGCUUCCUCCAAGCGAGAAACUGCAUAGCUACUUCCGUUACCAGGGCUCGCUAACCACACCAAACUGUGAUGAGACUGUCAUCUGGACUGUGUACAAGGAAACCAUUAAGAUCCACAAAGACCAGUUCCUGGAAUUCUCAAAAAAGCUGUACUAUGACAAAGAUCAGAAGUUGAACAUGAAGGACAACGUGAGGCCCCUGCAGCCGCUGGGGAAACGCCUGGUGUUGAGGUCCCAUGCCACAAGACAGCUGCUGUCUUUGCCCCUACCUACUCUGUUGGUCCCUACACUCGCCUGCCUGGUGGCCAGCUUCCUCCAGUGAUGGCCCACUUCUGGAUAUCUCUGACCUCAGCCUUUCGAAGAUAUGGCUUAUCUUUCUUAAUCUUUCCAGGUUGAACUUUGGGGACUAUUAAAAUAUGAGGACCUGGCUGUGGUGUGCACACUUUUAAUCCCAGCCCUGGGGGAAAGGGGAUCAGAGACAUGUGGAUCUCUGACCUCCCCCUACCCACCCGAUUAAUUGAAAUAAAAUAUGGAUAUGUUUUUUUUAGAAAAACCCUUUGCAA